AAGCUAAGUGCCUGAAGUAGGUCGGUUCAAGAAGAAGCCUUCAUGUUGCAUCCGUACAGAAUGGAGGGGUACCUCAUCUCACCUGGUCCUCCAUCAGAAGACAUGUACGAACCCGACAUCUAUAGACAACAGAUGUCAGAAUAUUCAUAUCCGUAUGUCAUCGAUGCAGAGAGUCAAGGAGAUCACUGGGACUAUCACACCACUCAUCAUGCUCAUCCUCUGGACUUUGACAACCUGCCAGAGGGCCACUUCACUGAGCUCCAGAGUGUCCAGCAACUACAUCUACCCAGUAUGGCUCGUUACAGCGAUGUUGACACUCUCUCUCUGGACCCUGGCCUUGGGGGACACAACCAUGCCCUACUUCCACCGGUGCCAUAUUACCCUCGAGCCAUGGGCUACUUGCACCCCUCUCCUCAGACGAUGAGGAGCUCAGACGACGAGGAGCCAGGAGGCCGCAGCCCUCCACUAGAAGUGUCUGAUGAGGAGUGUCUGAGGGACCACAUCGCCCACGUAACAAGGGGAGAAUUGGGCAACAAGAAGAAGAUCCGUCUGUACCAGUUCCUGCUGGAUCUGCUGAGGAAUGGGGACAUGAAGGACAGUAUCUGGUGGGUGGACAAGGACAAGGGCACCUUCCAGUUCUCCUCGAAACACAAGGAGGCACUGGCACAUCGGUGGGGCGUACAGAAGGGCAACCGCAAGAAAAUGACCUACCAGAAGAUGGCACGGGCUCUUCGCAACUAUGGCAAGACAGGCGAGGUCAAAAAGGUCAAGAAGAAGCUGACUUAUCAGUUCAGUGGUGAAGUGCUGGGGGGGAGGUCUCACUUGGAGAGGAGGCCAUAUUCCCAUUUGUAGAGGGAGAAACAUAGUGGAAGUCCUGAAGAAGGGUAGAGUGAGAGAGAGAGAGAGAGAUAGUUAACUGUAUAUAGUAUGCAAGAUGGUUAUCAAUGUAAUAACUAUUGUUUGUGUUCAAAUCAACAAUAACUGUUUUUGCUGCUCUUGUAAAAAGCAUUUAUGUGAACGUCAAACCCAGUGUCUUAAUGGAAUCUGACAAUUAGCAAAUUUUGACUCAAUGAUUGCACACACACAUCUGGACCUUUUACAUUCCAUAGCACUUAGAAACAGGGCCGUUUUAAAUGAUACUGUCAAUCAUUAUCACCAGAAUGCUUACAGGAGUGGUAAUACAGAUGACCACUCGAAGUCCUCAGAGAUCUCCUUUCUUAAAGCUGUCUGUGUUCACCGACUUCUACGCACUGUUGGACUCACUGACCAUUGUGCACAUUUGACAUCAAUUAGAAUUGGAUGCAAUGUAAACAAACAAAAAGACUGAUAAAGAACUCUUUAGCAUUAAUGACAUUGAUUUGAUACUCUGAGAUGCACUGACUUUGGAAGAGCAAUUCGUGUUGCUUAACCUUUGCUGUAGCAGCACACAAACACAACAUAUUAUACAUAAGCUUUUGCUAAUCAGAAUUGAGUAUUCAGCCAAGCCGUGGUAUAAAGCUUGUAUAUUUGUAUGAUGGUACUACAUGUGUAUUACAUACUAACUCAUGUUAGCUCAAGACUUUGGGAAGUAAACCCUUCUGAACAUUGGGAGACUUAACCUGCAACCUUUCCGGACUGUCCCCUUGACCAUUACUUCCCUGUCACAUCCCAUUGACUUGUUCCUGAAAUGGGGUAGGGUGAAGAGGCUUAUCACCCAGCCCUUAUUAUCUGCUUGUGUUCGGAGAUGAAGCACAGACCUUUGCCUCCUCUGAGCUAGGGUGCAAUCUAUUCCUAGCCUAGGAAUACCAACACAGGGAUAUUUCUCCCAUGCUCUCAAUCAUAGACCCCUGUUUGAACUGUAUGAUAGUGUAUAUGACCAGUUAUUUUCCCGUACUCUAUGUGCUCUCUGUAUAAUGCAUGUUGGCAUGUUUGUAUGUUGGCAUGACUCAGUUACAUAUCUGCACGUGAUGAACUUGAAAGCAUUUCUAUUUCUCACUCGUCAUGUGGUUUUAGUCGACUCAUCCUCACAUUGUUCCAGCACAUCACAGACUGGCUUUAGCAAAUCCUCUGGGAAUCACAGCCAUGUACGCAGAACCCCAGUGGCCGAGCCAGAUAAUAUAUAGACAUGUGGGCAGCCAUGGAGACUUUACUGGGCCCACUGGCAGCAKACAAGGCCACCCCRUCCYCCACCAUCCACCCACCCCCAGCCCAGUUAUGUGGCAGCYGAAGCCUGUAGGUGUAAAUAAUUCUGGGUGCUGACACAGCUCUAUGAUGGGAGCACAGGGCACAGUCUGCAGUGAAAAGUGACGCAAAGUGAGGUAUCCAGGGAGAACACCAUCAAGAGACAGAUAAUAGUUUUAAGUGUAUUUUCCCUACAGCACCUCUGGGAUAAAUCAAUUAAUAAAUACAACUGAAAAGGAGACAUAAAGGACAGGGAUAUAGUUAGAAUAAUUCAAUUGAAUAAUGCAAAAUCAUAGAAACAGUGAGGAUUGAUUUAAGUGAACCCUCCUGCAUUUAUUACUGACUGAGCAAUAAAACAAGGUUGAAAAUAAAAACAUAUACAGUACCAGUCAAAAGUUUGGACAUACAUACUCA